GCUAAUGCAGGGGCCAAGUGCAAGCGAGAAAGCCCAUUAGGGAUUGGCUCCUCCGGACCCUGAACUCGCGAUUAGGUGUCGUGUUCUUAGAGCGCAACCCCAACUCUCUUUCCAAUUCCAUCAAAUUCGUUCCUUUGUCUAUGGGAGGUAGCUUCAUCGAGCUAUAACCCACCAUGUCUUCACCAGCUGGUAGCGUCCGCCAGCGCGCAGGCAAGGACAAGAAGCGAGGAACCUCACCGAACCCGGAAGUCCUCGCCGAGAAGGUCCAGGAGAAAGUCGCCAAUGUCGUCGAGAAAGCCAAACCAUACAAGCCAGUUCAGCAGGGCGGAGAAUGGGACUAUAAGCUCGCUAUCGCCGUAAUGACCGUUCUGGCCUUCAUUACGCGGUUCUGGGGCAUCAGACAUCCUGAUCAGGUUGUGUUCGAUGAGGUGCACUUUGGAAAGUUCGCUUCCUACUACCUGCAACGAACCUACUUCUUCGAUGUCCAUCCUCCCCUCGGAAAGCUCCUCUUUGCCUUCGCUGGCUGGCUCGUCGGAUACAAGGGCGACUUCCUGUUUGAGAACAUUGGCGAUUCCUACAUUACCAACAAGGUCCCGUAUGUCGCAUACCGCGCCAUGCCCGCCUCGCUCGGUGCUCUUACCGUUCCCAUCGUCUUCAUGAUCAUGUGGGAGUCUGGCUACUCGCUACCUGCCUGCAUCACUGCCGCCGGUCUGAUGCUUUUCGAUAACGCCCACAUUGGCCAGACGCGUCUGAUUCUCCUCGAUGCUUCGCUUAUUUUCUUCAUGGCGCUCUCCGUACUAUCCUACAUUCGCUUCUACAAGGAGCGUCAUAAUGCUUUCGGGCGGAAAUGGUGGAAGUGGCUCCUUCUGACUGGCAUCAGUCUGAGCUGCGUUAUCUCCAUCAAGUACGUCGGUGUCUUCACGUUCUUCUCCAUUGGUGUACCAGUCAUGAUUGACCUCUGGGACCUGAUGGACGUCAACCGGCGACAGGGUGCCUUGACUUUGGCCGAGUUUGGCAAGCACUUUGCUGCUCGCGCUGUUGGCUUGGUCAUCGUUCCGUUCUUCCUUUACCUUUUCUGGUUCCAGGUCCACUUCUCCAUCCUCACACGAUCCGGCCCUGGUGACGACUUCAUGACCCCAGAGUUCCAGGAGACUCUGAGCGACAAUGUCAUGAGCCUUCAAUCCGUCGGUAUCAACUACUAUGAUUCCAUCACCAUCCGUCACAAGGAGACCAAAGUCUACCUUCACAGCCAUCCUGACCGCUACCCGCUGCGUUACGAUGAUGGACGUGUUUCUUCCCAGGGACAGCAGGUUACUGGAUACCCCCAUAACGACACCAACAACCACUGGCAGGUCCUUCCUUCAAAGCCCCUAGACAGUGAGGUCGGUCAACGCGUCAAGGUCGGCGAUGUCAUUCGUCUUCGCCAUUUGAUUACGGACACGGUUCUUCUAACACACGAUGUUGCUUCUCCUUACUAUCCUACCAACCAGGAAUUCACCACUGUGAGCAAGGACGAAGCAACCGGUGCACGCUACAACGACACUCUCUUUGAGCUCAAGGUCGACAAGGGCAAGGGCGAUUUCAAGACCAUGUCUACUCACUUCAAGCUUGUUCACGUGCCAACCAAGGUCGCCAUGUGGACCCACACCAAGCCUCUGCCAGACUGGGCCUACAAGCAAGCUGAGAUCAACGGUAACAAGGCAGUUCAGCAGUCCAGCAAUGUCUGGUAUGUUGAUGACAUUCCUUCGCUUCCUGCUGAAGAUGAGCGCAACAAGAAGGAACCAAAGCAGGUCAAGCACUUGGGCUUCCUCAGGAAGUGGGUUGAGCUCCAACGUGCCAUGUUCUACCACAACAACGCCUUGACCAGCUCGCAUCCAUACGCAUCCCAGCCCAUCUCUUGGCCCUUUCUACUUCGCGGUGUGUCUUUCUGGACUCACAACGACACUCGCCAGCAGAUCUACUUCCUGGGUAACCCCAUUGGAUGGUGGCUCGCUUCCUCGCUUCUUGCUGUAUUUGCUGGUAUCAUUGGCGCCGACCAGCUGGCUCUCCGCCGUGGCAUGGAUGCCCUCGAUGAGCGCACUCGCUCCCGUCUCUACAAUUCCACUGGAUUCUUCUUCCUCACCUGGGCUGCCCAUUACAUCCCCUUCUACAUCAUGGGUCGUCAGCUCUUCUUGCAUCACUACCUUCCCGCGCAUCUUGCGUCUUGUCUAGUCACUGGUGCUCUGGUAGAAUUCGUGUUCUGCAUCGAGCCCCAGGAUCCUGAUAUGCCAGCCUCCGUCAAGGGCCACCGCCGCACUCACUCGAAGCCUGUUCGCGAGCGUGUUGCCUCUUCUAGCCUGAUGGGCAGCUGGAUCGCCAUGGGUGUCAUCCUCGCCGCCGCCUUCUGGUGCUUCCUCUUCUUCGCACCGCUCACGUAUGGUAGCCCUGGCCUUACUGUUCCCCAAGUUCAGUCGAGGAAGUGGCUUGGAUAUGACCUCCACUUUGCCAAAUAGAUGGAGCAUAAGUGAAGGAUCCGCACCGGAUUGAGGUUGGGAUGUUUUCUAUUGGAUCAACUAGGGUAAAAUACCGCACAACACGGAGUGUUGGUUGUGUGGAUUAGGGUCUUCUAUGUAUUUUAGUGUGUUCUCUUUUGACGGGGCUGAGUAGAGGUUACGCCUUUGAGCACGCAAAUAUUCUCCUAUGUAAUAGACAUAAAUAUGGUGGUGAACAGUUCAUGGUUCGGCCAUCAAUUUAUAAGUUCACAGAUCC